AAGACAUCCGAGCAAAACAACUGUCCUGAUGGGGGAGGAGAGUGAGGGAUGAGAGGGAGGGCUGGCUGGUUGAAUGGCUGAUUUUGACGCUGUUACGCAGAGGGCAAUCUCACCUGCUGAAACGCUUGCAAGUGCACUUCGCCAUUCAGCACAACAGAGCCCUCUUUCAGCGCUCACCUCCAAUUAAUAUCCGAGCCUGCGAGGUCAGCGCUUUAUUGUUGUUGUUUUUUCCGCCCCGUUUUUCGCUUCCUCGGGCUUGUCCCGGUUUUUUUUUCCCUGUCCUGUGUUCGUUUUGAUCUGAGGAAAUCGGCUACUUUGCCAUGUUCCCUGCGUAUGGAUUGCCUGUGCCAGAGUAGGCGAACAAAGCGCAUCAAGUCUCUCCAGAGAACUGGUUCUUCUCAGAACCCCGGAUUUUUUGCUCAGUGAGUAAACUCUGGAUAAUCUUCGCGCAUCGUCGACGGGGUAUUUUUUUCCCCUCGUUGAAAGGUUUCCCUGUUUCUAAUACACGGAUAGACUGCUCUCAAAGAUGGAUAGGAUAAGCGUUUUUUUAGCCAGACGGAUUGGCAUUUAAUUUAGGAAACACCCGCUCCCACUGCUGGACAGAAAUAAUGGCAUGAUUUUGGAUAGCACCGGACGCGUUGUUGGUUUCCUGGGAGUUGAUGCUCAGAUUGAACAGAACAGUCCUCCAAGAGCAGUCGUUUCAUUUCCCUAGACUCGAAAACACCCCGUCUCUAGAAAAUCCUGUGAGAUCGCCACUGAAAUGGAGCACACCGGGAUCGAGGAGGUGAGCCAGACACACCAGCAGCAGCAUGAACCCAUCAGCUUCGGAAUCGACCAAAUCCUCAACAGCUCGGACCAGUCCAGCGGCUGCAUGCUGCCCAACCGGACCGGCGACCCGGAUUACGCGCUGGCCCCCAACGUGUACAGCAACGGCUACAACAGCGUCUACAACCCGGCCUGCUCCUACAACGUCAACAUGAACAUGAACGUCAGCAUGAACAUGAACGUAAACGUGAACUCCGGGAACUCGGGCGGGGUGAUCCGGGUGCCGGCGCACAGACCCAUGCCGCCCCCGCCUCCACCGUCGGCCGCUGCCGCGCCUCAUCCGCCCCCCGGAAUCCCCGCUGUGCACGGGAUGGGGAUGGGGAACCCGGCGAACUUCACCUUCCCGUGGAUGGAGAGCAGUAGGAGGUUUGCCAAGGACAGACUAACAGGGGAGGAGGCAGAGGAGAGCCGAGCUGGGGAGGCCACAGGGGGGCCGGAGGCUGCCGGGUCCCUCUGUCCUCUCCCCAAGGGAGACAUCGGCAGAGUCCCUGUCUGGAGCACGGUGGAGACAUUAGCCAAAUGCUAUUACCCCGAGCUCGCUCACCUGCGAGACAGCAAUGGCCUUCUGGCAGACUAUCCUUUUCCAAAGGGGGCUUGCCCAGCCGCCCUCUCGCCCUUCUCCGUGACCCGCCGCAUCGGCCACCCGUACCAGAACCGGACGCCGCCCAAGAGAAAAAAGCCCCGCACGUCCUUCAGCCGCGUGCAGAUCUGCGAGCUGGAGAAACGCUUCCACCGGCAGAAGUACCUGGCGUCGGCUGAGCGGGCCACGCUGGCGAAGGCCCUCAAGAUGACCGACGCACAAGUCAAGACCUGGUUUCAGAACAGACGGACAAAAUGGCGAAGGCAAACUGCAGAAGAAAGAGAGGCCGAGAGGCAGCAGGCCAACCGGCUGAUGUUGCAGCUUCAGCAGGAGGCUUUCCAGAAGACGUUGAGCCAGCCGCUGCAGCCGGAUCCCCUCUGCCUGCAUAACUCCUCCCUCUACGCCCUGCAGAACUUGCAGCCUUGGGCAGAAGACAAUAAGCUGUCGGUCUAAAAGAGAAGAGGGCACUUUCCCCACUAAGUGCCAGGAAACAAACGGACACCUCUGUACAUGCCCAACUUCCAAGACUGCCCCCUCAUUUGCCUCCGGACCCCCCUCCCCCCCUUCUGCAAGGCGGCAGGAGGCUCAUUGCCAGUGUUGGGAAAUAUACAGCCUCCACUUUUUUUUUUUUUUUGUUCGCUUCUGACUUUGUACAAUGUAGUAAAAUGCAUGUUUCAAUCCUUUUCUGUGUGCACUCAGAGGAACCACUGAAGUCAGCUGCGGUCGAGGUGGAUCUCCUCCCCAGCUGCACUGCUCGAGUGGUAGCGGAUUGGCCCUGAUGAUGGAUUCCUCAUUAUGUUAAAAUCAAAAGUGUUUUAUAUUAAAAGAUAUUGUGACUUUUUGAAACGA